GGCCGGGCGGUCAGUCAGCUGACAAGCCCGCGGCGGCGGUGGCGGUGGAGGAAGAGGCGCCGGUGUUUGGGGUCUGGCAUCCAGCGGGUGAGCGGGUGACGUGACCAUGGCGACCACCGUCAGCACCCAGCGGGGCCCGGUUUACAUUGGCGAGCUGCCCCAGGACUUCCUGCGCAUCACACCCACACAGCAGCAGCAGCAGAUCCAGUUGGAUGCCCAGACAGCCCAGCAGCUGCAGUACGGAGGGACCUUGAACACCGUGGGCCGACUUAGCAUCACUGUGGUGCAGGCAAAGUUGGCAAAGAACUAUGGCGUGACCCGGAUGGAUCCUUACUGCCGAAUACGGCUGGGCUACGCGGUCUACGAAACAGCCACUGCCCACAAUGGCGCCAAGAACCCGAGGUGGAAUAAAGUAAUUCAGUGCACGGUGCCUCCGGGCGUGGACUCUUUUUACCUGGAGAUCUUUGACGAGCGCGCCUUCUCCAUGGACGACCGCAUCGCGUGGACUCACAUCACCAUUCCCGAGUCUCUCAAACAAGGGAAGGUGGAGGACGAGUGGUACAGCUUAAGUGGGAGACAGGGGGACGACAAGGAAGGGAUGAUCAACUUGGUCAUGUCCUACACAUCUCUACCGACCGCCAUGAUGAUGCAGCCCCAGCCUGUGGUCCUGAUGCCCACGGUUUACCAGCAAGGGGUUGGCUAUGUGCCGAUUACAGGAGUGCCUGCUGUCUGCGGCCCGGGGGUGAUGCCCUUGGCAGUGGCUCCCCCGGUGGUCAGUGCCCAGCACCCUUGUAGCGAGGAGGACCUGAAAGCCAUUCAGGACAUGUUCCCCAACAUGGACAGAGAAGUGAUUCGCUCUGUGUUAGAAGCCCAGCGGGGGAACCGGGAGGCCGCCAUCAACUCCCUGCUUCAGAUUGGGGAGGAGUCGUAGGGCCUUGGCCCCCUGGGGCCCCCCGGGGCUCCUGCAUCCUCCCUGCCCCCUGUGUUUGACCUGCCGGGCCAGGGGGCGGAGAGAGGAAGCCCGCCCGAAGGUGCCCCCUGCAGAGCCUCCUGCCCUCUCUCUCUUUGGCCCUUGGGUGGCCUCGGCUCUACGCUGUGCUUUGGGUCCCUGCGGAUGCAUGUGGGUUUUCCCUGUUAUAGCCCCAAUGGUGUAUGUACUGUUUUAUGGAGGCAGAGGUGUUGUAUGUAUUUAUUCCCCUGCGCCAUCCUGCUCUGUGGCCACAGGGGGCUCUGUUCCUGCAUCACGGGUCACAGAGGGCAGCGGUGCCCUCCACCUCUGGCUCGGGGCCCUCCGUUACCACUUGCCCUGGGCCGGAGAGGGAAGGCCUUCUGCCGCCCUGCCAUCUCCUUGGCCAGCAGCCUUCCCAGCCAUGAGGCUCUGCCCGGGAGGCUGCCUGUGUGCCCUGCCCUGUCUCCUGAGGGGUCUUCACCAGGACCAUGUGUCACACGGCAUGCCACGUCCCCCCAGACUGCAUUGUGUAACCCGGAAGCAUGCUGCUUUUGAAAUGGUUAAGAAUCCCCUUAGUUCUGGCCAUGCUCCCCUUGAGGAUGGUCAAUGUUCAUGACAGUCUGUCCCAAGGGGCGCCUCCCUCCUCACCGAUAGGUGUGCUCCCCUUGCCCACGCGCUCUUCCGUAUGAAUUGUUGCUUUACUACUGACCUUCAUCUGGGGGACUGGGACCAGUGCCAGAGCCCCCCUUCCCUUGGCGCUGGAGGCUCCUUGUGCUCUGAGUCAGCCUGGUGUGCCCAUCUCCCCCUGCAGACUGUAGAGCAGCUGACCCCUUUUGUGGGAGGGGGAGUUCAAAAGAACCCCAUUUAUAGAACUGGAAGGUGUGCACUUUAUGGAAGCCCGGUCCUCUGCACUGGCUCCCUGUGGGUUGGGAAUGGCUGACCUGGGGUCCAGGAGUCCAAGCCCUUUGGGGCCCUGGGAAGGAAGGGAGAGAGCCUGGGUGUGCUCCUUCCCCAAAUCAGGAAAUCCCCCCCCCCCCCAUUUACUAGAUAUUGACUAUCAGCUCUUUGUACACACGUGCAAAGUGUGUGCUGGUGAUUGUACGGUGGGCUCUCAGGUCAGGACCAAAUGCUUUUGUUGGGCAUCUUUGGGAAUUUAGAAGAUUUUUUCCCCAGUAGGGAAGGCAGUAACUCCCCCACCCCCUACCACCCUGGCUUCUUCGAACACACUCAGACAGAUUCAGAGUUUGCCUCCUUUUCCCUGAGGCCCCUGCCUGCACGGGGCUGUAAGGGGGAGGCCUGGCUCCAGGUGACCUCCUGUCUCUUCUCUCCCUGGCUGCCCUUCCCAGAAAAAUCAGCCUCCGGAAGAUUAAGCCAUUGGCCUCUUUGGGAAGAGUGACCUUGACGAGUUUGUCUGGAGUGCGGAGGGCCAGUAGAACUUGCCUCCAGUUACAAGGUGGGCUUGAGGGAGCCAAGAUGGCGGAGGACAGUCAGUAAAAGGGGGGCUUGAGCCCUCAGUGUGGGCUGUGAUAAGACCUUGGCCAUCUCCUUCCAUGCCUUCCUCUGGGCUCACAUGAGGGACUGUGAUCCCCAAAGCACUGGCCCCAGUGUCUAUCUUCCCUUGGAUUUGGAGGUGGAAAUAACGGCAAAAUGUUGGGGUGGGGCCUUUCAAAGGCGCUUCUCCAGCAGGGGAUAGACCAGGGUGGACUAGGAGAAUGGGUGUUGGAUCCUUCUGGAGCAAGUCCCUGGGCCCAGAUGCCAGCUGGCCUUCCUGGCCCAAGGCAGGCGGCCAGGGGGUGUCCUUGGCCCCUUCCAGCACCAGCCUGUGUUGGCUGAGGGCCGGGGGCAGGGCCGGCCUUGUGGAAACGGGGGCUUUGCUGGGACGACUCUCGGGCUCUGGUUCUGCAGUUGGGGUCCAGGGUCUGCGUUUCUCUCGCUCGUCACGUAUGUGUUUUGAUCUUCUAAUUUAAUAAAUGAUCAUCUACACGAC